AUGGAGUCUCUUGAGAUUCCCCGUCUCCUUCUCCAUCACCAUCCCCGUGCUUCUUCAUCUCCAACUCGACCUCUUUCCAGUUCACGAUUCUUACCGCAAUUGGUUUUUCCUUCUAACCUCAAAAAAGCUACUAAAAAUGCUACCCUGCGGUCAAUUUCCGGUGAUACAGACGGUGGUUCCGCUUCACCAGACGGACCUGUUUCCUUUGAAGAUGAUCAAAUUCAGCAACGUGAUGAAGAUAGAGCUCUCUUGUUGUCUAGAGAGACUGAUGAUUUUGGUUCUCUUGUUGGAUUUCGCUUGACUACUAGUGACUCUGGUUAG